UGAUUACUCAAAAUGUUGUGAUUGUGAAAUGAAAUAGAUUUCUAUUAGCUUUCGAACCUAAGUCACGAAUUCGCGAUUAAAAUUACAAAUAUCCCCUGAAUACAUUUUAUAUAAGGUUUAAUUGUGUACAAAGGGUUUUAAAAUGGAUGAUUCAUUGUUUCAAUUGAGGUUUACAACCAAGCAGUUAGAAAGAUUGGCAUCUAAAGCUGAAAAAGAUCAAAGAGUUCAACAGUCAAAAGUUAAAAAGGCCUUGCAACAAAAAAAUGUAGAAGGAGCUAAAAUAUAUGCUGAAAAUGCCAUAAGAAAGAAAAAUGAAAGUUUGAAUUUUUUACGUAUGGCAGCUAGAAUAGAUGCUGUUAGUUCUAAAGUUCAAACUGCUUUAACCAUGAAAAAUGUAACUAAAGAUAUUAGUAAUGUAUCUAAGGCCUUAGAUAAAGCCAUGUCUUCUAUGGAUCUUUCUAAGGUUGAACAGAUUAUGUCUAAGUUUGAGAAACAGUUUGAAGAUUUAGAUGUUCGAACUUCGACAAUGGAAUCUGCUAUGGGAACAGCUACCACAUUAAGUACACCACAAGACCAAGUAGAGGCUUUAAUACACCAGGUUGCUGAAGAAAAUGGUUUAGAAAUGAUAGACCAAAUACAAGAUUUAAAUCCUAAUACUGCCUCAUUACGCUCCACUGAUAAAGGUGAAAGCAGUAAAGAGGAUGAUCUUUCUAGAAGACUUCAAGCUCUACGACAAUAAGAAAGUAUUUUGUGAUAAACCAAUGUGUAUAUUUAUAUAUAGAGUGUAUACCUCUUUUUAUAUCAUGAAUAAUCACAGGGCUUUUAAUUAAAUAAUUUCUACAUCAUUGCCAUAGAAAUCUGUUCAAAAGUCAUUUCAAAAGUCAUGUCUUUGCAGCAGAAUUUAUUGAUAAGAAUAUUUAUAUUUAAAAAAGAUUCAUAUGUAGGCGAGUAGUGGGAAUGACUGUAAGGGCUCGAUCACACUACAGGCAGAGCAGGACACCGCAGAGAAGAGCUGGGCAGUGCAGUCAGGCGUUCAAAUUUAAGCAGAGAAUGUCAACUUGAAAACAAUCAUUCAAUGCGGAAGAUUUCUCAAGGCAACAUCUACUUUUCUUUUUUUUGAAAUAUAAUUAUGCAAUUCAUCACACCAAUAUCAGUAAGUUUUCAUAUUGAUUUCCACCCAUUUCUUCACCAAAUACACAAAUAGCAUUCAAUUAAAAUGAUGUUUGGAUUAGUGAUAUUAUAAUAGAUGUUGGAAGGGAAUCGAAAAGGCAAGACAAUUCCUUUAAUAAGUUGUGAAAAAAUUCAUCAUCAAGUCUAUAUAAUUGUAAUUUAUAUGAAUUACCACUUGUAAUAAAACCCCAUGUCAUUGUUUUGUUGAUCAUGUU